CCCGCAGAGGCGCCGCGGCCGGUGCAGCCCCGGAGGCCUCGCGCGGAGAAGGCGGCGGAGGAAGAGAGGCCGGAUUGCCGCCCGCAGCCCGCCGCCCGCGCCCCCCCCAUCCCGCCGCCGCUGCCCCCCCUCCCCGCGGCGCCGCAUCUUGAAUGGAAACAUGGCGGUGCCGGCUCGGACCUGCGGCGCCUUUCGGCCCGGCCCGGCGCGGAUCGCGCGCCCCUGGCCGGGCCGCGGCCCCCGGCCCUGCCCCGGCCCCCGGCGCCCGGAGUCCGGGCCCUUGCGCCCGCGGUUGCUGCUGCUGCCGCCGCUGCUGCUUCUACCGCUGCUCGCCGCCCCCGGCGCCUCUGCCUACAGCUUCCCUCAGCAGCACACGAUGCAGCACUGGGCCCGGCGCUUAGAGCAGGAGAUUGACGGUGUGAUGCGGAUUUUUGGAGGGGUCCAGCAGCUCCGCGAGAUCUACAAGGACAACCGGAACCUGUUUGAGGUGCAGGAGAACGAGCCUCAGAAGUUGGUGGAGAAGGUGGCAGGGGACAUUGAGAACCUGCUGGACAGAAAGGUGCAGGCCCUGAAGAGACUGGCUGAUGCUGCAGAGAAUUUCCAGAAAGCCCACCACUGGCAGGACAACAUCAAGGAGGAAGAUAUCAUGUACUAUGACGCCAAAGCCGAUGCUGAACUGGACGACCCUGAGACUGAGGAUAUGGAGAGGGGAUCCAAGACCAGCACCCUAAGGCUGGACUUCAUGGAGGACCCAAACUUCAAGAACAAAGUCAACUAUUCAUACACAGCGGUGCAGAUCCCCACGGAUAUCUACAAAGGCUCCACCAUUAUCCUCAAUGAGCUUAACUGGACAGAGGCUCUGGAGAAUGUAUUCAUUGAGAAUCGCAGGCAAGAUCCCACACUGCUGUGGCAGGUCUUUGGCAGUGCCACAGGAGUCACUCGCUACUAUCCAGCCACCCCUUGGCGAGCUCCCAAGAAGAUUGACCUGUACGAUGUCCGAAGAAGACCCUGGUAUAUCCAGGGGGCCUCAUCACCCAAGGACAUGGUCAUCAUCGUGGAUGUGAGCGGCAGUGUGAGUGGCCUGACUCUGAAGCUGAUGAAGACGUCUGUCUGUGAGAUGCUGGACACGCUCUCUGACGAUGACUAUGUGAAUGUGGCCUCGUUCAACGAGAAGGCGCAGCCUGUGUCUUGCUUCACACACCUGGUACAGGCCAAUGUGCGUAACAAGAAGGUGUUCAAGGAAGCUGUACAGGGCAUGGUGGCCAAGGGCACCACAGGUUAUAAGGCUGGCUUUGAAUAUGCCUUUGACCAGCUGCAGAACUCCAACAUCACCCGGGCCAACUGCAAUAAGAUGAUCAUGAUGUUUACGGAUGGUGGUGAGGACCGUGUACAGGACGUCUUUGAGAAGUACAAUUGGCCCAACCGGACGGUGCGCGUAUUCACAUUCUCAGUGGGGCAGCACAACUAUGAUGUCACACCCCUGCAGUGGAUGGCCUGCACCAACAAAGGUUACUAUUUUGAGAUCCCUUCCAUUGGAGCCAUCCGCAUCAACACACAGGAAUAUCUAGAUGUGUUGGGCAGGCCCAUGGUGCUGGCAGGCAAGGAGGCCAAGCAGGUGCAAUGGACCAAUGUGUAUGAGGAUGCACUGGGGCUGGGGUUGGUGGUAACAGGGACACUCCCUGUUUUCAAUCUGACUCAGGAUGGUCCCGGGGAGAAGAAGAACCAGCUAAUCCUGGGCGUGAUGGGCAUCGACGUGGCUCUGAAUGAUAUCAAGAGACUGACUCCCAACUACACACUUGGAGCCAACGGCUAUGUGUUCGCCAUUGACCUGAAUGGUUACGUGUUGCUGCACCCCAAUCUCAAGCCCCAGACCAUCAACUUUCGGGAGCCCGUGACUCUGGAUUUCCUGGAUGCAGAGCUGGAGGACGAGAAUAAGGAGGAGAUCCGUCGGAGCAUGAUUGAUGGCAACAAAGGUCACAAACAGAUCAAAACAUUGGUCAAGUCCCUGGAUGAGAGGUACAUAGAUGAGGUGAUUCGGAACUACACCUGGGUGCCUAUAAGGAGCACCAACUACAGUCUGGGACUGGUGCUCCCACCCUACAGCACCUUCUACCUCCAAGCCAACCUCAGUGACCAGAUACUACAAGUCAAGUUGCCAAUCAGCAAACUGAAGGAUUUUGAGUUCCUGCUCCCCAGCAGCUUUGAGUCUGAAGGACAUGUUUUCAUUGCUCCCAGAGAGUAUUGCAAGGACCUGAAUGCCUCAGACAACAACACCGAGUUCCUGAAAAACUUCAUUGAGCUCAUGGAGAAAGUGACUCCAGACUCUAAGCAGUGCAACAACUUCCUUCUGCAUAACCUGAUCUUGGACACGGGCAUCACACAACAAUUGGUGGAGCGUGUGUGGCGGGACCAGGAUCUCAACACGUACAGCCUGCUGGCCGUGUUCGCUGCCACUGAUGGUGGCAUCACACGUGUCUUCCCUAACAAGGCAGCUGAGGACUGGACAGAGAACCCUGAGCCCUUCAAUGCCAGCUUCUACCGCCGCAGCCUGGAUAACCAUGGUUAUAUCUUCAAGCCCCCACACCAGGAUGCCCUGUUAAGGCCCCUGGAGCUGGAGAACGACACAGUGGGCAUCCUUGUCAGCACAGCUGUGGAGCUCAGCCUAGGCCGGCGCACACUGAGGCCAGCAGUGGUGGGUGUCAAGCUGGACCUGGAGGCUUGGGCUGAGAAGUUCAAGGUGCUUGCCAGCAACCGAACCCAUCAGGACCAGCCUCAAAAGUGCGGCCCCAGCAGCCACUGUGAGAUGGACUGCGAGGUAAACAAUGAGGACCUACUCUGUGUCCUCAUUGAUGAUGGAGGAUUCCUGGUGCUGUCAAACCAGAACCAUCAGUGGGACCAGGUUGGCAGAUUCUUCAGUGAGGUGGAUGCCAACCUGAUGCUGGCACUCUACAAUAACUCCUUCUACACCCGCAAGGAGUCGUACGACUAUCAGGCAGCUUGUGCCCCCCAGCCCCCUGGCAACCUGGGUGCUGCACCCCGGGGUGUCUUUGUGCCCACCAUUGCAGACUUCCUUAACCUGGCCUGGUGGACCUCUGCUGCUGCCUGGUCCUUAUUCCAGCAGCUUCUCUACGGCCUCAUCUACCACAGCUGGUUCCAGGCGGACCCCGCGGAGGCCGAGGGGAGCCCCGAGACGCGCGAGAGCAGCUGCGUCAUGAAACAGACCCAGUACUACUUCGGCUCAGUGAACGCCUCCUACAACGCCAUUAUCGACUGCGGAAACUGCUCCAGGUUAUUCCACGCUCAGAGGCUGACCAACACCAACCUUCUCUUCGUGGUGGCUGAGAAGCCGCUGUGCAGCCAGUGUGAGGCUGGCCGGCUGCUGCAGAAAGAGACACACUCGGACGGCCCGGAGCAGUGUGAGCUGGUGCAGAGACCGCGAUACCGGAGAGGCCCGCACAUCUGCUUUGACUACAACGCGACGGAAGAUACCUCAGACUGUGGCCGCGGAGCCUCCUUCCCACCAUCCUUGGGUGUCCUGGUCUCCCUUCAGCUGCUGCUCCUCCUGGGCCUACCACCCCGGCCACAGCCUCAAGUCCGUGCCCUCGUCGCCUCUCGCCACCUCUGAGCAGCCCUCACCCCGGCCUCCUCGCCUCUCCUCCACCCUCUUGCCCCACAUUCCCCUCCCUCACUAAAGGACCUGAGCCCGGGGAGCCUGAGCCUUGGGGUGGGGGAGUCCCAAAGGAGGGCAUCACAGUCUAUGAUGCCCAAGGCAGGUCUCAGCUCUGAACUGUCCAGGUGUCCCUAGAUCUUGGACUCAUCCCAGUAGACUGAGACAGGGAGGCCACAUGUACUGGUGCCAAACCAGGCCUCUGCUGCCCACCCUGCCUAGAGGCUUCCUCUGUGUAGGUGACCUUGCCUCACUGGAUGCCUCUGACCUUGCCCUUCUGUCCUACCUUAGCCCAAACCUAUUUUCCUUGGGAAUAAUGGAGGAAGAAAUGGCAGUUUGAGGUCUGUGCAUCCCAACUGAAAUCCUGGUAGGGAGAGAUUCUGGGGCAGUCCCCCAUGGGCCCCUGGUCCUUUCAGGCCUACAGCUACACAUAGCCCAACCCUGCAGGUAUCAGGACAGUCUCACAGUAACAUCAAUUUAGACACAACCCCAUACAUGCCUGGAUCCUGAGGGCAGAAACUUGACUCACACAAGAUAUACUGCAGAGGGUACGCAAACACAUACACAUAGACACACACACCAUGGGGGGCUCACAAAGCCUUACACAGGGCGAGGGAUCGGUAGGAGGGUUGGCACCUGCAUAUUCCAUCUCCUGCUCACCGCCUGCCUCUAAUCUGAGCUGUAGCCCAGCUGGUCCUCCCAUCUCUGAAGCUGAAUGUCAACAGUGCCAAAUGCUGGGACCAGGGGGGGGAAGGCCCCUCUGUCCCACCCCUAGCCACCAGUCUCCCCCAAGUGCCCCUCACCCUGCCAGGUGCUCAUUGUAACCAUUUCUCACUAGUGUCAGGUCCCCAGCAGGACCACAUGCCACUGCCUGAACCCCUCGGCAGAGGAACCCCCACCAGACCCCACCCUUUGCCUUAGCAGGGGUGACUUGGUCUUUCCUGGCUGGGCCAUCCCACCCCCAAUCUGGCCCUUACACACUCAGGCCUGUGCCUACUCCCUAUAUCCUUAGCAUUCAUACACACACUCUCUCCCUACCCCCAGGAGGCCAAAUUGUUCCUCCCCUACUGAACACACACUUGCAUUCACAUACAUAUAUACACACUCUGCACACACAGAGGCUGGGCCUGGGCACAUCUCUUCACACCAUUCAUUCUAGUCAUUUCCCCCAAAGGCAUCCCAGCCUGGGGGCCAGCAGGGGACUGAGGGCAGUGAGAUGUAGCCAUGAGGCUCAGAUGGACUGGGAGGAGGGGGGAGGGUGAUGCAUUAAUUAAUGACUCCGUUAAUUAAUGUCAUGUUGCUUGUUGCUUUCUCAGUGUGUGUGUGUGGUCUAUGCCCGCUGCUGGUGCCAGGGUGGGUGUCCAUUAUGUGUACCCUGCCUGGAUGUCAGCUGUGUCCUGUGGGGGCGCGUGUGUAACUGUAGUGUAGUCAGGUGCUCAAUGGAGAAUAUUAAAAAAAAAAAAGAAAAGAAACAAGCAUAUACAGAAAAACGAAUAUAUAUUUUAAGUUUAAAAAACAGAAAAACAGACAAAAUAAUCCCCAUCAGGUAGUUGUCUAUCCCCCAGCUGGGUCUGAUCCUUCUCAUCACCCACCUGACCUGGCUGCCCCCUCACCUUGGGCUGAGGGAUUGGGGGGCCAUUUCCUUUUCUCUGCCCUUUUUUUGUUGUUCUAUUUUGUACAGACAAGUCGGAAAAACAACAGCGACAAAAAAAAGUCAAGAAACUUUGUAAAAUAUCGUGUGUGUGAUUCCUUGUAAAAUAUUUUCAAAUGGUUUAUUACAGAAGAUCAGUUAUUAAAUAAUGUUCAUAUUUUCACUUCAAACAGUUUCCAUCCACUAUGUUGGCCUUGGGGUGAGGACUGGGUAGCUAUGAAGACAGGUGGUCAUUAUUAUAGUCCCACCCUGCUCUGUUGGGAGUGAAGGCCAUGGCAAUACAGGUCCCCAGUGGCCAUAGGUCAUGAUGCUUCCAGUACCUAAGAGCCAGGCCUUUGACAUA